AUGGUCAACCCUGCCCCAAUUUCUGGAUGGACAUUGGAGGAUUGCAAAGCCAGACAGAAAGUCGUUCGCUCUCGCAUUACAAACUGUCACAGUCGCAUCAACCACAUUGUACGUGGACACCUCUCUCGACGUGAUGCUGAGAAACUUUUAGCAGAGGCCCGAGUCUUCUUGGGAGAGUUGGAAGAAAUCCACGACCGUAUCAUCUUGUUGAUAGAAGACCAGGACGCUAUCUCGCCACAGACUGCGUUGCACUUGAAAUAUGCUUCAGUCAUUGAUGACUCCUCAGCAUUGGUCGAGAAUUAUCUACUUCUCCGACAGGAUGAUGCCUCAUCAGUAAUGGUUGAGUCUGCGGAAGAGACGGCGAGACGACAGGCAUUGGCAACAGCAGAGCAACGUCUACGAGAUGCUCGAGCCGAGCUAUGUGCCGCUGAACAAGAGGUUAGGGAUCUUGGAGGUGAAGUUACCAUCACGGAUUCAUCAGAGUUGAAUCCAUCGGACUCGGUGUCGCAAAUUGGUCGACGAACUGAUCCUUCGCCAGUUGCCUCUGCAGUAGCUCCUGAUGCUUGGAUCGAUUUGUAUGUGGCUGGAAGAGAGAAACCUCACGUUCGAGGAAAAGGAGACAAGUCAUUCGUUACUAUUCAGCUGGAGGUGUAUUCAGGACAGGCGUUAGAUUGGUUCGCCUGGAUCAGCAUGUGGCAUGCCUUGGUACACACCACCAGCAAGACAGCAAGCGAGAAACUUGCCAUUUUGAAGAACUACUUAAAGGGAGACUUGGCUGACAUCGUGUAUGGACAUGGAGGUGGAGAAGCUGGCUACAAGGAAGCGUUGCAGCGACUUAAAAGUACUUCUGGCGAUCGAACAGUGAUGAGGGCGGUACAUCUAUCAGCCCUUAACCAAAUGGAGGCUCCAAGAAACGACCCACAAUCAUUCAAACGUUUUGCGGAACGUGUCCGGACUCAUCUCUUUAAUCUAUCUACGAUCGGAGAGACUGGACAUGCCGACAUUAUUGAGAGACUGACUCGCAAACUUCCACUGACGGAUCGAUUUGCGUGGAACGAGGGUAGGGGAGCUGAUUUGGAGCGUAGAACGAUCAACGAGUUUGGUCGAUGGUUAACCGCAAGAGCCGUCGCUUAUCAAAAUGCUUACGUGAUUGCUGAGGAUCAACAACGUCCAGGAUCUGGUAACCAGAAGAACAAUCAUCAGCCUUCUCAUCAGUCUCAACCGAGACCAUCGCAGCAGCAGAAGAGGAAUGUUCGGGCUCAUCAUGGAGCGUCUAGUACCCACGACCAAAAGGAGCCUAGCUCGACUGAGCAAAAGGAAAAGAAGAAUGCUGAACUCUAUUGCUUCAAGUGUGAAGGACCUCAUCGCUUGGAAGAUUGCACCUUCUUCAAGGAUCUUCCUAUUAGCGACCGACUGACAUUCGUGCAACGUCGCGGCUUAUGUUACGGAUGCUUUGGCGUUCGCCAUGGAGCGAUGAACUGCACUUUCAAGAAAUCAUGCGGUGUUGAUGGUUGCAAGCUGACUCAUCAUCGACUACUACAUAAAGAAAAGACGCCUGCUGAGAAAACUGCCCGGACACAUACGCUGAGAGCUGAUCGCCGACAAAUCGCAUUCAAGGUGAUCCGUGUGGACGCUCUCGAUGUCAAUGGGGAAGCAGUACCUGUCAACGUUCUGAUGGAUGACGGAAGUGAUUCAACGCUCAUUCGAGAGGGGCUGGCGCGGCGACUUCGGCUUACUGGCCAGCAACAGACUUUAGUUGUGAAUGGAGUCGGAGAAGAAUCAUCGACUCACUUGACUUCUGAAUAUCUCGAACUACGACUGAAGACUUCAUCUGAAGAGAUAGUGUCGAUCCAGGGCUCCACUAUACCAUCGAUUACCAAACCAGUUGCAGUGAUGGAGUGGGAGAAGCUACGCGGCCGAUGGAGCCACCUGGCGGAUCUGCCCCCUCUACGCACUUGUGGUGGCCGAGUUGACGUUUUGAUUGGAUUGGACCAUGCGGCCCUUAUUACAGCGAUUGAAUCCAGAUUUGGCAAGGAUGACGAGCCGACUGCCUCCAAGACGCGAUUAGGAUGGACUUUGCAGGGAGCCGUGGAGGGAAGCGACAGAUCCAGUAUCGCUCGAGUCCACCACGUCAUCACGGACGCUGACAUCAACUUACAACUGGUGGAGCAGGUCCGGCGCUUCUGUGACACGGAGUCUUUCGGAACCGAAUUCAAGGCGGAUUGUAUGUCUGCUGCUAAUCAGAAAGCAGUGACCAAAUUGGAAUCAGAAACGGAAAAGCUGAGUGUUGGAUAUGCGGCGCCGGUAUUAUGGAUUGAUGAUGAUCCUCCUGAGAUUCCUGACAGCCGCCAUACAGCAGAGAUGCGGUUGAAGAGUCUACUGAACAAAUUCACCAGAGGUCCAGCUGACUAUGAGAACUUUUACCGGGCAGCCAUGGAGAAGAAUUUCACCGAAGGGUACGCCCGGCGUUUGUCAUCCGAAGAGAUCCAGCAGAAACCUAGCAAGUAUUUCUUGCCCCAUUUUGGAGUUCCAAAAAUGGCCGGGCGACCUGAGUUGCGGCUUGUCUUUGAUGCAGCCGCCAAGUCACAUGGAAAAUGCCUGAAUGAUUUUAUUUCAAGUGGUCCAGCCUUGCAGAAUCCAUUGCCUGCUGUCCUCAUCCGCUUCUGUGAAGGAGCUAUUGCCUGGUCAGCCGACAUUGGUGCGAUGUUCAGCCGGAUUCGGCUGAAAGAGAAGGAUCGGCCAUAUCAUAGAUUUCUAUGGCCAGAAAAGGAUGGGACUAUAUCGACUUGUGAGAUGACCAGAGUGACCUUUGGUGUCACAUGCUCUCCCUACGUGGCCAUCCGUACAACAUGGCGUGCUGCUGAUGACGCCGGUCCCGGCAUGGAAGAAGCUGCUGAAGCUGUUCGCAGAAGUAUCUACGUUGAUGAUUACCUCGACUCCACCAGAGAUCCGGCGGAUGCUGCGAAGAAGGCGAUGGCGGUGAGAGAUGUGCUGGCCAACGGAGACUUUCAUCUUGGCCACUGGGCCUCCAAUGAUCCAAAGUUACUGGAGAUGGUGCAGCCUCAAGCCGGAUCGAGCGAUGGAAGUAAGGACCUGGCGCAUCACCUCGGAGCAGACGACCCUGAGAUGGUGCUGGGCAUCAUUUGGAGGCCUUCAAGUGAUCGGCUGAGCUUUCGCGUUAAGAUAACGGACAUCAUUUACACCAGAGUAGGACUACUAUCCAAAGUAGCCGGCCUAUUCGACCCUCUAGGCACAGCAGCACCAAUGACUGUCAAGGCCAAGAUCAAGCUCCGUGAACUCGGAGUGAAAGGCCUCAGCUGGAACGAUCCUGUUGCCAAUGAUGACAAAACUUGGUGGUGUCAGUACUUUGAAGAGAUUGAGAAGCUGAAAAUGAUUGAAUUUCCUCGCUGUCUAUUCCCGGAAGAAGAUGGCAUUAUUCGGAUGGAGCUACAUACGUUUACGGAUGCGUCGGAGGAGGCUUGUGCUGCCUCAUGUUACACCCGAAUUGUUUAUUCAGAUGGUCGAAUCUUGAUUAGACAUGUGAAGUCAGCUACUAGACUGGCUCCGUUGAAAACCGUUUCCGUCUGCAAGUUGGAGCUGAAUGCGGCACUGAUGGGAUCCCGUUUAGCCAACUUCGUGCAAACUGCACUGAGGAGGAGGUGCGAUGCUCGCUACUUCUGGACAGACAGCAGCACAGUGCGGAAUUGGGUCCGUGCUGUGUCUGCCCGUUAUCAGGUGUACGUCAGCCAUCGGAUUGGAGAAAUACAGACGUUGACGGAACCUCAUGAGUGGCGUUUUGUUCCUGGAAAGCUGAAUCCGGCGGAUGCGGCUACAAGAUCUCAACUUGAAGAAACGACUAUUCCAGAUUGGUGGCUGGACGGUCCACCUUUUCUAUAUGAAGAAGAGACUAACUGGCCACAGGAUUUGCCCUGGAUGGCCGCCAAAGAGGAGCUUCGCUCCGCUCAUGUUUAUUUUAACCUUGGAGCGGAGAAACCGGAGGAUUCCUUCGACUGGGGAGCCCUCACGUUUUCAUCCCAUGAUUUGGCUGCUGUCAUCCGAUUGGAGGGUGAAUACUUGGAUUUAUUGAAGACAUGCCAACGAGAGGUGUAUCCAGAGGAAAUGGAGAGAUUGACCAGAAAGAAGGCCAUCCGGCCUAGUUCCAGUUUGAUAUCGCUGACUCCAUUUCUGGAUGAUGAGGGAGUCCUGCGCCUUGGUGGGCGAUUGAGUCGAGCCAAGCUGCCAUACGAUGUCCUUCACCCUCCGAUAUUACCUGGAAAGCAUCCGCUUGCGCGGCGGAUCAUACAAGCCUUCCAUGAAUCCAUGCAUCAUAUGGGGACUGACUUUGUGCUGGCACACGUACGCCAGCAUUUUUGGAUUACUUCUGGACGAGAGGCGGUGAAACGCAUCCGCAACGAGUGUGUGCCCUGUCGCCGUUUCCGACCAAAGGCGGCGCUGCAGAUGAUGGCGGACGUUCACCGGGCUAGGCUUGGAGCUGGUCAUCCCCCGUUCACUUUUACAGCGGUAGAUUAUUUUGGACCGAUUGAUGUGAUUCACGGACGAGGGAGUGCCAAGAGAUGGGGAGUGCUUUUCACCUGUCUCGUUACCAGAGCGGUGUAUGUGGAUUUGGCCAUUUCACUUUCGGCAGAUGACUUCCUGAUGGUGUUGAGACGUUUCGUCUCGAUCUACCGGAAACCGGCUCACAUGUUUUCCGACAAUGGUACGAACUUCGUUGGAGCGGAGCGCCUGUUACGGGAGGAGCUGGACAAGCUGAAGGGAGAUGGGGCGUUGGUGAUCGAGUUAAAGGGUCUCGGCAUUGAGUGGUUUUUCCAGCCGGCCCAAACUCCUCAUUUCGGAGGCUCUCACGAGUCUCUCGUACGUUCAGUCAAGAACGCUUUGUAUGCCGCCUUGGAUCAGGAGAAGACGGGACUGCGGAUGCCGAGUGAUGAGAUACUCCGCACGUUAUUGUUCGAGGUGUCUGGUUUACUGAAUUCCAGACCAUUGACCUAUACCAGCUCGGAUCCAGACGACUUUCGUUCGAUCACUCCGAAUGAUUUUCUCAAUCGAGCCCCAGUUGCUGAUUUGCCUGCCGGGAAUUUCCACCGGUCUUUGCCUCGUGAGCAUUACGGCUACGUCCAGCGCAUCACCAACUUGUUUUGGGACCUAUGGCAUGGAGCUUUUCUUCAAUCCAUGACGAGUCGUCGGAAAUGGAAGACCCCAGCUCGCAAUUUUACCGUUGGAGAUUUCGUGCUGGAUGAUUGGAAGAACGCACCCCGCGGCCGAUGGAGAACCGGAAGGAUCGUCAAGGUUUACCCUGGAUCGGAUGGGCUCGUGCGAGCCGCAGAUGUUGAGUUCUCUACUGGAGUGCUUCGAAGAGGCACAAACCAGCUGGCAUUAUUAGAAGCUAGCUCACCGGAUCCGGUGGCCGAUUCGGCGGAAUCCGGCUCGGGGGAGAAUGGAGAGGCGAAAUAG